UCCGACUGUUUACUGACACAGAAACACUGACUGCUUCAGCUCAUUGACCAGAACAGUUUUAUUUUAAUUAUAUUUAUUAUUUAUCAGAACCAGAACCAGAACCUCAACCCAAACCAGUGCUGGCACCAGCACCAGCACCGGCACCAGCACCCGUACUGGCACCAGCACCAGCACCGGCACCCGAACCCGUACUGGGACCAGCACCAGCACCAGCACCAGCACCAGCACCGGCACCAGUACCGGCACCAGCACCAGUACCAGAGGAAGAGCCAGAGCCAGCACCUGUACCGACACUGACACCAGAACCAGAACCAUCAUGGUUCUGUGUCCGGCGACCAACAAGCUCAGAGUGUUCCAGCUGGUCUUCUCAGAUCUGGGCCGGUCCUUCUACAGCAGCGGGGACAAGUUGUCCGGCUCCGUACAGCUGGAGGCGGCUCAGACCUGCAGGCUGACCGGACUCAGGGUCUCCGCCGCCGGCUGCGCCCAUGUGGUCCACCGUGGUGGGAAGAACCGCAAGAGUCGCAGCCAGGAGGUGGAGUACCUAAAGUACGAGGAGGAGCUGAGGCUGGAGGAGGAGCUCACUAAAGACUCAGACGGCUGCUUCCUGCUUCAGUCCGAUAAAACGUACAGCUUCCAGUUCGGCUUUGAGCUGCCUGCAGCCGGACGUCUGGUGUCGUCCUAUAAAGGAAAGUUUGGUUACAUCCGAUACUACGUACGGGCUGUGCUGGACAGGCCUUCCCAGCAUGCUUUGCAGUGUGAGAGGGAGUUUGAGGUGGAGGAGCCACUGGAUGUCAACCGACCCGACCUGCUGGCUCCAGCGGCAGCGUCCAAACAGAAGAAGGUCACCUGUAUGUUCAUCCCCGACGGCCAGGUUUCCAUCAGUGCUCAGAUUGACAGGAAGGGCUUCUGUGAGGGCGAGGACAUCAACAUCAAUGCCAAGUUUGAGAACACCUGCUCCCGAAUCGUAGUGCCAAAGGCCGCUAUCAUUGCCAAACACUCGUACAUCACAGACGGACGCACCAAGGAGGUGCGUCAGAAACUGACGGCGGUCCGAGGAAACCACAUCAUCUCUGGGAUGUGCGACAUGUGGCAGGGCAAGACCAUCAGAGUCCCCAAACUGAGGCCGUCCCUGCUGGACUGUGACAUCAUCAAGGUGGACUACGCCCUCAUG